GACGUCAUGAACGAGCAGGCGCAUGAAGAAUGAUAUCCGGAAGUGACGGCACUUCCUGCAGUCAGUUACAGAGGCAGUGUUUCCUGUCAGGGUUUCCCCGAGACGAGAGUAACUUACCGGGCAGAGACUCAGGAUUGUCCCUGGGAGAUAGGCUUGCCGGGCGGGGAAACGCGAUUAGUUAGAACACGGGGUCGGAUUACACCGGUUUGAGAUUCGGGAUAUAAUACUGGGCAGAGAAACUGCAAUCUGCGGGAAACUCUGAACGAAACCCGGGGAGAAGAUAGAGACAGAUCCGAGGGAGAUCCCGACACAGUGUUACAGAACCGGAGAGAUCCCUUCGGACCCCCGGGAGGUGACGGGUUCAGUGGAGUGCCUUCCCGGGCAGAGAAACAGCACUACCACCGGCAGACAGAGCCCAAGUGCCGGGGAAGGGGGCCUUACAGCCAGCGAGAGAGCCGGGAGGGGGCACGAGUGCCAGCUGGGCACAGAGACAGUCUGGAGUUAUCUGUCUGUCUGAUAUAAACAGCGCGGGUCGGGCGAGACAGGGCCAGACCGGGACGGACCUGGUUUUUGACAUUUAGGAGCCGGGAAAGAGCCGGAUCGAGACCUCAUGAAUGGAAAUCGGAACUACAGGAGCCGUUGGGGCCCAGCCCCUGUUCUCGGUGCCCAGGCGCCCGGGCUAUGGCACCAUGGGGAAGCCCAUCAAGCUGCUGGCCAACUGCUUCCAGGUGGAGAUCCCCAAGAUGGACGUGUACCUCUAUGAGGUGGACAUCAAGCCGGAGAAGUGUCCCCGGCGCGUCAACAGGGAGGUGGUGGACUCCAUGGUGCAGCACUUCAAGGUGACGAUAUUCGGGGAUCGGAGGCCGGUGUACGAUGGGAAGAAGAGUCUGUACACAGCGAACCCGCUGCCUGUCGCCACUGCAGGGGUGGACCUGGACGUGACUCUGCCGGGUGAGGGGGGGAAGGACCGCCCCUUCAAAGUGACGAUCAAGUUUGUGUCGCGGGUGAGCUGGCACCUCCUGCACGAGGUCCUGACGGGCCGCAGCGUGGCAGAACCACUGGAGCUGGACAAGCCCAUCAGUACCAACCCUGUGCACGCUGUCGACGUGGUGCUGAGACACCUGCCCUCCAUGAAGUACACUCCAGUGGGGCGCUCCUUCUUCUCGGCCCCCGAGGGCUAUGAUCACCCGCUGGGCGGGGGCAGGGAGGUGUGGUUUGGGUUCCACCAGUCCGUGCGGCCCGCCAUGUGGAAGAUGAUGCUGAAUAUUGAUGUGUCAGCCACGGCCUUUUACAAAGCCCAGCCUGUGAUCCAGUUCAUGUGCGAGGUCCUCGACAUUCACAACAUCGAUGAACAACCACGACCUCUCACCGAUUCUCACCGGGUCAAAUUCACCAAAGAGAUUAAAGGUCUGAAGGUUGAGGUGACGCACUGUGGAACGAUGAGGAGAAAGUACCGCGUGUGCAACGUGACUCGGAGACCAGCGAGCCACCAAACGUUUCCUUUGCAACUGGAGAACGGUCAGACAGUGGAGCGCACGGUGGCGCAGUACUUCAGAGAGAAGUACAGCCUGCAGCUCAAGUACCCGCACCUGCCCUGCCUGCAGGUGGGCCAGGAGCAGAAGCACACCUACCUGCCCCUGGAGGUGUGUAACAUCGUAGCGGGGCAGCGCUGUAUCAAGAAACUGACGGAUAAUCAGACUUCCACCAUGAUCAAAGCGACCGCGCGCUCAGCACCCGACAGGCAGGAGGAGAUCAGCAGGCUGGUGCGGAGUGCGAACUACGAUGCUGACCCCUUCGUGCAGGAGUUCCAGUUCAAGGUGCGGGACGAGAUGGCCCAUGUGACGGGGCGCGUGUUACCUGCGCCCAUGCUGCAGUACGGGGGCAGGGUGAGCACAGAACACUUUAUGAACCGGACAGUGGCCACACCCAGCCACGGGGUGUGGGACAUGCGGGGGAAGCAGUUCCACACAGGAGUGGAGAUCAAGAUGUGGGCGAUCGCCUGCUUCGCCACGCAGAGACAGUGCCGAGAGGAGAUACUGAAGGGCUUCACUGACCAGCUGCGCAAGAUCUCCAAGGACGCGGGGAUGCCUAUCCAGGGCCAGCCCUGCUUCUGUAAAUACGCGCAGGGUGCUGACAGCGUGGAGCCCAUGUUCCGCCACCUGAAAAACACCUAUUCAGGGCUGCAGCUCAUCAUAGUCAUCCUGCCCGGGAAAACGCCCGUCUACGCGGAGGUGAAGCGUGUGGGAGACACUCUCCUGGGAAUGGCCACUCAGUGCGUUCAGGUGAAGAAUGUGGUGAAGACCUCCCCCCAGACCCUCUCCAACCUCUGCCUGAAAAUCAACGUCAAGCUGGGGGGAAUUAACAACAUCCUGGUCCCGCACCAGCGCCCCUCUGUGUUCCAGCAGCCCGUGAUCUUCCUGGGGGCGGACGUCACGCACCCCCCUGCUGGCGACGGGAAGAAGCCCUCGAUCGCAGCGGUGGUGGGGAGCAUGGACGCUCACCCCAGCCGAUACUGUGCCACGGUGAGAGUACAGCGCCCCCGGCAGGAGAUCAUCCAGGACCUGGCCUCCAUGGUGCGGGAGCUGCUCAUCCAGUUCUACAAGUCGACCCGCUACAAGCCCACCAGGAUCAUCUUCUACAGAGACGGGGUGUCGGAGGGGCAGUUCAGACAGGUGCUGUACUAUGAGCUGCUUGCAAUCCGGGAGGCCUGUAUCAGCCUGGAGAAGGAGUACCAGCCUGGCAUCACCUACAUCGUGGUGCAGAAGCGCCACCACACCCGGCUCUUCUGUGCCGACCGGAACGAGAGGGUUGGUAGAAGUGGGAACAUUCCUGCUGGAACCACUGUGGACACGGACAUCACUCACCCUUACGAGUUCGACUUCUACCUGUGCAGCCACGCUGGAAUCCAGGGCACCAGCCGCCCCUCUCACUAUCACGUGUUGUGGGAUGACAACUGCUUCACUGCGGACGAGUUCCAGCUCCUCACCUACCAGCUGUGCCACACGUACGUGCGCUGCACCCGCUCCGUCUCCAUCCCCGCGCCCGCUUACUACGCGCAUCUGGUGGCGUUCCGAGCGCGGUACCACCUGGUGGACAAGGAGCACGACAGUGCCGAAGGCAGUCAUGUUUCUGGACAGAGUAAUGGCCGGGACCCCCAGGCUCUUGCCAAGGCUGUGCAGAUUCACCACGACACCUUACGCACCAUGUACUUCGCCUGAGAGAGAGAACGAGAGCGCAAAGGGGGCCACAAGCCAUCGCAGGAACCCAAAAACAAGCCACACACAAGCCUCUGUUUCCAGGAGGGUCGGUUUAAGGGGUCGCCUCACCGUCGCUGUGCAGAGUAGUGGAGAUGAGCGCACUGCCUCUGAAAAGGAACUCCGCACUAUUAUGCAAUAUAAAACCAGCCAGCCGCUGGCAGCACUCCCCUCUCCUCCGUGUCUCUGUCUGCAGGGGGCGCCGCUCCUCCUCCUGUCUGACUUGUGCUUUUUUAUUUUGUUUGUUUGUCUUCUUCCUUUCUUUUUGCCUUUACCUCAAGUUGUUUGGCAGCACGACUUUCUCUGAAAAGAAAGGAAGGAAAGAUGACGAGGUUUCAGAACCGUGGAGGCUGCAGGUUGCUGUUUGUUUUUCUAGCAGAGGAACGCGAAUGCUGGGGCUGCAGCACUCAGAUAACAAUAGAGAAAGUGUCUUGAAUUGAUUGCUGCGCUGUGCUCCUCACAGCAGCCUGCACGGGACAGUAAGAAUCCCAAACCCACAGUGUAACGGCGCUGCUGUACCCCUCUCCUGCUCUGUGCUCCUCACAGCAGCCUGCACGGGACAGUAAGAAUCCCAACCCCACAGUGUAACGGCACUGCUGUACCCCUCUCCUGCGCUGUGCUCCUCACAGCAGCCUGCACGGGACAGUAAGAAUCCCAAACCCACAGUGUAACGGCACUGCUGUACCCCUCUCCUGCUCUGUGCUCCUCACAGCAGCCUGCACGGGACAGUAAGAAUCCCAACCCCACAGUGUAACGGCACUGCUGUACCCCUCUCCUGCUCUGUGCUCCUCACAGCAGCCUGCACGGGACAGUAAGAAUCCCAAACCCACAGUGUAACGGCGCUGCUGUACCCCUCUCCUGCGCUGUGCUCCUCACAGCAGCCUGCACGGGACAGUAAGAAUCCCAAACCCACAGUGUAACGGCGCUGCUGUACCCCUCUCCUGCGCUGUGCUCCUCACAGCAGCCUGCACGGGACAGUAAGAAUCCUAACCCCACAGUGUAACGGCACUGCUGUACCCCUCUCCUGCGCUGUGCUCCUCACAGCAGCCUGCACGGGACAGUAAGAAUCCUAACCCCACAGUGUAACGGCGCUGCUGUACCCCUCUCCUGCUCUGUGCUCUGCUCCAGCGUUACACCUCAAGCUUUGUUUGGUUGUCUGUUUUGUAGGCAGCGGUGACUUACUGUUUGAAAUGAGAGCGCCGCUCUGUGUGUCGAUCACAGCACACCUCGAAGGAGUCGAGCUGGGCUUCUGACAAGGUUCCCGAUUGUAUUAUUGGGAGCACAGUGCCACCCGCAGGCCACCAGUAUGUAAGUGCUCUUGAUAAUAGCCACUGAAGCGUUUGUGUGAAGCUAAGCCGUGGCUGGUUGACGGGCAGAACGCUUUCUCCAGUUCUGCUUUGUCGGACGGCAGCGUUUCCACUCGCUGGGAGCUUUCAUCUUCAAGGCAACGGGAUUCCUGUUUUAAGUGUAUUGAUGUUUUAAGCUUUCUUUUGUUUUUCUUUGUAUUUAUUAGAAUUGUUAAGCCUAAUAAUUUAAUAAUAAUAAUAGUUAGCAACGACUCGUUUUUGUUAUUUUAUUUUCAUUUUCUGGAUAUUGUUCUCCAGUGUUCACUAAACUGACAGCUUGUGUUGUUGCUUUAUUUAGUGCAAUAAAUUAAUGUUCAGAUUCCAUCCAUGGAGGGCCCUGACUGGACGGCGAUGUCCACAGCGAGCCCUGACUGGACGGCGAUGUCCACAGCGAGCCCUGACUGGACGGCGAUGUCCACAGCGAGCCCUGAUUGGACGGCGAUGUCCACAGCGAGCCCUGAUUGGACAGCGCUGUUUGUCCACAGCGAGCCCUGAUUGGACGGCGCUGUUUGUCCACAGCGAGCCCUGAUUGGACGGCGAUGUCCACAGCGAGCCCUGAUUGGACAGCGCUGUUUGUUCACAGCGAGCCCUGAUUGGACGGCGAUGUCCACAGCGAGCCCUGAUUGGACGGCGCUGUUUGUUCACAGCAGGCCUCUCUGCUAACAGAAAGGGAACGACAGCCAGUCCAAAGACAGCCAGCAUAACGAGGGGAUUGCCGGAUUGCAGAGGUUCAAACUGUGCCACUUUAUUCCAGAGGAGGGCUUGAUUUGGUAACUUUGUCUCGGAGCGUUAUCGGAGUGGAGCUCCGAGCCGUUCCAGUGGCAGUGUUUAAGAGGCUCUGGUCAUUCACAGGGAAGGAUUGUUCCAGAUAUCAAGUGCCUGGCAGUGUGAGAGGGACUGAUCGUUCAGGGCGGUGGCUGGCCCUUUAGAACAGGAGGGACUGCUGUCUUUAAUGAAAUCCAUCAGAAUAAUUGGAAUCCAAGUCAAUGAGAAUGGCAGGGCUGGGACUUGGUUUUGUAGAUUGAAAUGAAAUGUCUGUGCCGGAGAGCUUCGCUUGUGCGCUGCCUCUCUCCGCACAGUCGCUGGCCUCUCUCUUCUCUUCUGUAUGAAUUGGUGUUCAGGUUGCUUUGGCACACAGUGAGAGGAUGCAGACUGUCUUUCAGAGAUGGGCAUUGCGUUAGUCCCAGCCCUGCUUCACCGGGAGGAUUUCUGAACCCAGCCAGAGCUGCCGCUGCCCUUGCAGAUCAGUUAGAGAGCCACGUUGUUCUGUGGGGUGUGUUUGACGCCCCUGAGCUUGUGUGCGCUGUGACUAAUCAAGAUCACAGUUAAACCAGCUCAGCCCAAACUGCUGUACAAUGGGAGUCUAAUUCCAUCUGUGCUGCUUGUAAACUGUGACAGGGCACUGAUGCACACGCACACUAAUACACACACACACUGAUACACACGCACACUAAUACACACACACACACACACACACUGAUACACACAUGCACGCACACACACUGAUAUACACACACACUGAUCCACACACACUGAUCCACACACACACUAAUACACACACACACACUGAUACACACACACUGAUCCACACACACACUAAUACACACACACACACUGAUACACACACACUGAUACACACACUGAUCCACACGCACACUAAUACACACGCACACACACAUGGAUACACAGCUCUUUGAUCUUGGAUGAAGCUCAGUGCUCUCCCCUGUGUUGAUGCCCACACUGUUUGUUUGCCCGGGGGCUGCAGUGAAGCCCCCCAGCCCCCCUCUCUCUCUGUGGAGAGGACCCUUCGUUUGUCUGUGAGUGGCUGUGCUGUUGUCUAUGGAUUCUGCAAAGCCACGUAAAAUGGAUUCGCUGCUACUAUUUUUCUAUAUUAAAGUCUGACGAUGUCACUACAGGAUCCCAGAUUGGGGUGGAAGGCAGGCUUGGUGCUCCGAGGUGCGGGUCCCAGCGCUGGCAGAGGCAGCGAGGAGUUCCUGGAGGUUUCAGUGGCUUUUACAGUGGGGUCCUCUUUACAAAGGGGAUGCUGCACCUGUUCUGUCAGGUCGUUCCAGUGAACUCUGCAGGGUCCAGCUGUGACGUUUCAGGGGAUUGGUGCUCCAGAGACAGCCCUUUUGGUGCAGGUCUGCACUCCUCGUGCUUCUGCAGAGCUCUGCUCCACACACAUGUGCUGUGUGUGUUUCAGCUGCCAGCUCCGUAUUAGAAUUAUUCUUGUUCUUCAUAUUAUUGUAGAGAAGCUGCUUUAUCUGAUUCGCUCUUGUUGUAAAGCAGGGGUGCACGACCCCAGAAUCCGUGCUGCUGUUCUGAGAGGGACUCUUUCUGAUGCAAUGUGUGCUUUGCAGCAUUAAGCUUCCACUGUAGAACAGAGUUGGGCAAUUGAAAUCGAAUUUACUAGCUGUGUUAACGAGGGUGGAGGGUGGAGUGGAGAGGCAUGCUAAAAAAACAAAAGGAAACUUUAGAUAAUGCAAUAGACUUGUUUUGGAGAGAGGAUGCAUUUAUCAGCACUGAGGUCCAGUCCAGGCGGGUCCAGCAGUGGUUCUGAUUCUGGUUAAGUUCCAGUCCAGGCUGACCCACUUUCCUGUGUGGAGGUUUUCAGUCACAAUGGGAGAUUGUUGUUGGCAGCUGUUUAAAAUAAUAAUAAUAAUAAUAAUAAUAAUUAUUAUUAUUAUUAUUAUUAUUAUUAUUAUUAUUAUUAUUAUUAUUAUUAUUGUAUUUGUCAAUCUGUGGCGCUGCGCCUGGACUGGUGUGAAUUCAGGCUGUUGUAUCUUUGCUGCGUGAGGAGAGGAGGGAUAGUGUGGAGUCUGCAGUGUGUGGCUGCUCUCUCUGGUGCAGGAGAGGAGGGUUAGUGUGGAGUCUGCAGUGUGUGGCUGCUCUCUCUCAUAGAGGAGAGGAGGGUUAGUGUGGAGUCUGCAGUGUGUGGCUGCUCUCUCUGGUGCAGGAGAGGAGGGUUAGUGUGGAGUCUGCAGUGUGUGGCUGCUCUCUCUGGUAGAGGAGAGGAGGGAUAGUGUGGAGUCUGCAGUGUGUGGCUGCUCUCUCUGGUGCAGGAGAGGAGGGUUAGUGUGGAGUCUGCAGUGUGUGGCUGCUCUCUCUGGGAGAGGAGAGGAGGGUUAGUGUGGAGUCUGCAGUGUGUGGCUGCUCUCUGGUAGAGGAGAGGAGGGUUAGUGUGGAGUCUGCAGUGUGUGGCUGCUCUCUCUGGUAGAGGAGAGGAGGGUUAGUGUGGAGUCUGCAGUGUGUGGCUGCUCUCUCUCAUAGAGGAGAGGAGGGUUAGUGUGGAGUCUGCAGUGUGUGGCUGCUCUCUCUGGUAGAGGAGAGGAGGGUUAGUGUGGAGUCUGCAGUGUGUGGCUGCUCUCUCUGGUAGAGGAGAGGAGGGUUAGUGUGGAGUCUGCAGUGUGAGGCUGCUCUCUCUGGUAGAGGAGAGGAGGGUUAGUGUGGAGUCUGCAGUGUGUGGCUGCUCUCUCUGGUGCAGGAGAGGAGGGUUAGUGUGGAGUCUGCAGUGUGUGGCUGCUCUCUCUGGGAGAGGAGAGGAGGGUUAGUGUGGAGUCUGCAGUGUGUGGCUGCUCUCUCUGGUAGAGGAGAGGAGGGUUAGUGUGGAGUCUGCAGUGUGUGGCUGCUCUCUCUGGUGCAGGAGAGGAGGGUUAGUGUGGAGUCUGCAGUGUGUGGCUGCUCUCUCUCAUAGAGGAGAGGAGGGUUAGUGUGGAGUCUGCAGUGUGUGGCUGCUCUCUCUGGUAGAGGAGAGGAGGGUUAGUGUGGAGUCUGCAGUGUGUGGCUGCUCUCUCUGGUAGAGGAGAGGAGGGUUAGUGUGGAGUCUGCAGUGUGUGGCUGCUCUCUCUGGUAGAGGAGAGGAGGGUUAGUGUGGAGUCUGCAGUGUGUGGCUGCUCUCUCUGGGAGAGGAGGGUUAGUGUGGAGUCUGCAGUGUGUGGCUGCUCUCUCUGGGAGAGGAGGGUUAGUGUGGAGUCUGCAGUGUGAGGCUGCUCUCUCUGGGAGAGGAGGGUUAGUGUGGAGUCUGCAGUGUGUGGCUGCUCUCUCUGGGAGAGGAGGGUUAGUGUGGAGUCUGCAGUGUGUGGCUGCUCUCUCUGGUAGAGGAGAGGAGGGUUAGUGUGGAGUCUGCAGUGUGUGGCUGCUCUCUCUCAUAGAGGAGAGGAGGGUUAGUGUGGAGUCUGCAGUGUGUGGCUGCUCUCUCUGGUAGAGGAGAGGAGGGUUAGUGUGGAGUCUGCAGUGUGUGGCUGCUCUCUCUGGUGCAGGAGAGGAGGGUUAGUGUGGAGUCUGCAGUGUGUGGCUGCUCUCUCUGGUAGAGGAGAGGAGGGUUAGUGUGGAGUCUGCAGUGUGUGGCUGCUCUCUCUCAUAGAGGAGAGGAGGGUUAGUGUGGAGUCUGCAGUGUGUGGCUGCUCUCUCUGGUAGAGGAGAGGAGGGUUAGUGUGGAGUCUGCAGUGUGUGGCUGCUCUCUGGUAGAGGAGAGGAGGGUUAGUGUGGAGUCUGCAGUGUGUGGCUGCUCUCUGGGAGAGGAGGGUUAGUGUGGAGUCUGCAGUGUGAGGCUGCUCUCUCUGGUAGAGGAGAGGAGGGUUAGUGUGGAGUCUGCAGUGUGUGGCUGCUCUCUCUGAUAGAGGAGAGGAGGGUUAGUGUGGAGUCUGCAGUGUGAGGCUGCUCUCUCUGGUAGAGGAGAGGAGGGUUAGUGUGGAGUCUGCAGUGUGUGGCUGCUCUCUCUGGUAGAGGAGAGGAGGGUUAGUGUGGAGUCUGCAGUGUGUGGCUGCUCUCUGGGAGAGGAGGGUUAGUGUGGAGUCUGCAGUGUGAGGCUGCUCUCUCUGGUGCAGGAGAGGAGGGUUAGUGUGGAGUCUGCAGUGUGUGGCUGCUCUCUCUGGUAGAGGAGAGGAGGGUUAGUGUGGAGUCUGCAGUGUGUGGCUGCUCUCUCUGGUAGAGGAGAGGAGGGUUAGUGUGGAGUCUGCAGUGUGUGGCUGCUCUCUCUGGUAGAGGAGAGGAGGGUUAGUGUGGAGUCUGCAGUGUGAGGCUGCUCUCUGGGAGAGGAGGGUUAGUGUGGAGUCUGCAGUGUGUGGCUGCUCUCUGGGAGAGGAGGGUUAGUGUGGAGUCUGCAGUGUGUGGCUGCUCUCUCUGGUAGAGGAGAGGAGGGUUAGUGUGGAGUCUGCAGUGUGUGGCUGCUCUCUCUCAUAGAGGAGAGGAGGGUUAGUGUGGAGUCUGCAGUGUGUGGCUGCUCUCUCUGGUAGAGGAGAGGAGGGUUAGUGUGGAGUCUGCAGUGUGUGGCUGCUCUCUCUGGUAGAGGAGAGGAGGGUUAGUGUGGAGUCUGCAGUGUGUGGCUGCUCUCUGGGAGAGGAGGGUUAGUGUGGAGUCUGCAGUGUGUGGCUGCUCUCUCUGGUAGAGGAGAGGAGGGUUAGUGUGGAGUCUGCAGUGUGUGGCUGCUCUCUGGGAGAGGAGGGUUAGUGUGGAGUCUGCAGUGUGUGGCUGCUCUCUCUGGUAGAGGAGAGGAGGGUUAGUGUGGAGUCUGCAGUGUGUGGCUGCUCUCUCUGGUAGAGGAGAGGAGGGUUAGUGUGGAGUCUGCAGUGUGUGGCUGCUCUCUCUCAUAGAGGAGAGGAGGGUUAGUGUGGAGUCUGCAGUGUGUGGCUGCUCUCUCUGGUAGAGGAGAGGAGGGUUAGUGUGGAGUCUGCAGUGUGUGGCUGCUCUCUCUGGUAGAGGAGAGGAGGGUUAGUGUGGAGUCUGCAGUGUGUGGCUGCUCUCUGGGAGAGGAGGGUUAGUGUGGAGUCUGCAGUGUGUGGCUGCUCUCUCUGGUAGAGGAGAGGAGGG